UUUCCAAGCCUAAAGUCAGUUCCAGGAGAACCGCGAAACUAGUAACACUACAAUUUAAUAAUUUCGUUUUUCUUCAAAAUGGAUAAUCUAUCGAUAUUUUUGUGUUUUGUGAUCGGGUUAAUUUCGUUUGUUCUGAUUUCAUUUAAGAAACGGUACACAUAUUGGAAAGAUCGGGGAGUACCAUACCUUGAACCCACGAUUCCAUUUGGCAAUUUACCUCCACGACAAGCGCACUUCAAAGAUAUUAUGGAACCAUUUUAUAAACAGAAGAAACCAGGAGCCCCUUUCAUGGGGGCUUACUUCUUCAGAACUCCUGUCGUUAUUGCAACAGAUCUUGACUUCGUACAAAAUGUCCUUGUCAAGGACUUCAGUAAUUUUCAUGAGCGCGGGAUGUAUGUGAACGAGGAAGAUGAUCCUCUUUCGGGACAUAUGUUUUCUUUGGAUGGCGAGAAAUGGAAAUCUUUACGAGCAAAACUCUCACCCACAUUCACAUCCGGAAAGAUGAAAUUCAUGUUCCCAACUGUAGUGGAUGUUGCCAAUCGAUUCAAUUCCACAUUAUCAGAAAUUUUGGAGACGGAAUCGGAAUUGGAGGUGCGAAACGUAUUGGCCAGAUUCACCACUGAUGUUAUCGGGACAUGUGCUUUUGGAAUUGAGUGCAAUAGCUUAAAAACUCCCAAUUCCGAUUUUCGCAAAUAUGGUUCCAAAAUAUUUGAUGAACCCCUUCAUGGAUCCCUCGUGCAACUGUUCUUGAUGCAAUAUCCCAAAAUCGCAAAGAAGCUUCACUUAAGGGUUUUCCACAAAGAAGUUGAAGAAUUUUUCAUGGGAUUGGUGCGUGAAACUAUCGAUUAUCGGGAGAAAAAUAAUGUCAGACGAAAUGAUUUUAUGGACCUCCUUAUUCAGCUUAAAAAUGGCGAAGCUUUGGAUGAACAUUCUCAGAAAUUAGGACGUGUAACUUUUGGGGAGAUUGUCGCACAAGCAUUUUUGUUUUUCAUCGCGGGUUUUGAAACAUCAUCAACCACCAUGCUAUUUGCUUUGUAUGAACUUGCAUUAAAUCAAGACGUCCAGGAGAAGGCACGUCAGGAAAUUGAAACUGUUCUUAGCAAACAUGAAGAAAAACUUACUUAUGAAGCUGUGAAAGACAUGGUGUAUGUGGAUCGCAUUAUAAGCGAAACUCUUCGCAAAUAUCCACCAGUGGUUAACCUUAUACGCCAAGCAGUUCGUGACUAUCGUGUCCCUGGGACGAAAAUCAUUAUUGAAAAAGGCACUGCGGUUUUCAUUCCAGAUUUUAACAUUCAACGUGACCCAAAAAUUUUCCCUAAUCCUGACGUUUUCGAUCCAGAUCGAUUUACUCCAGAGCAGAUAAAAGCCCGUCAUCCAAUGGCAUUUUUGGGUUUUGGUGAGGGCCCACGAAACUGCGUAGGAUUGCGAUUUGGACGAAUGCAAUCGAGAAUCGGUCUAAUUACACUUUUGAAAAAUUAUCGUUUUAAACCAUGCUCGAAAACGCCAAUUCCAAUGGUUUUCGAUGAAAAAAAAACCAAUUUUAUCACCAAAGUUUGGAAUGCAUUUGAAAAUAGAGAAAUUGUAAAUCGAUUACUUUUUGGCUUUGAAUCAUUUCUGUUCAAAAUGGAUAAUCUGUCGAUAUUUCUGUGUUUUGUGAUCGGGUUAAUUUCAUUGGUUCUGAUUUCAUUUAAAAAGCGGUACACAUAUUGGAAGGAUCGUGGAAUACCAUACAUAGAACCUACCAUUCCUUUUGGCAAUUUACCUCAACGACAAGUGCACAUCAAAGAUAUUUUGGAACCAUUUUAUAACCAGAGGAAACCAGGAGUAUCUUUCAUGGGGGCUUACUUCUUCAGAACUCCUGUUGUUAUAGCAACAGAUCUUGACUUCGUACAAAAUGUCCUUGUCAAAGACUUCAGUAAUUUUCAUGAGCGCGGAAUGUAUGUGAACGAGGAAGAUGAUCCUCUUUCGGGACAUAUGUUUUCUUUGGAUGGCGAGAAAUGGAAAUCUUUACGAGCAAAACUCUCACCCACAUUCACAUCCGGAAAGAUGAAAUUCAUGUUCCCAACUGUAGUGGAUGUUGCCGAUCGAUUCAAUUUCACAUUAUCGGAAAUUUUGGAGACGGAAUCAGAACUGGAGGUGCGAGAUUUAUUGGCCAGAUUUACGACUGAUGUUAUAGGAACAUGUGCCUUUGGGAUUGAAUGCAACAGCCUGAAAACUCCUAAUUCCGAAUUUCGUAAUUAUGGUGCUAAAAUAUUUGAUGAGCCCCUCCAUGGAUCCCUGGUCCAAUUGUUCUUGAUGCUAUAUCCAAACGUCGCAAGAAAGCUUCACUUUAGAUUUUUCCGGAAAGAAGUUGGAGACUUUUUCAUGGGAUUGGUACGUGAAACUAUCGAUUGCCGGGAGAAGAAUAAUGUCAGACGAAAUGAUUUUAUGGAUCUUCUGAUUAAGUUGAAAAAUGGCGAAUCUUUGGAUGAACAUUCUCAGAAAUUAGGACGGCUAACCUUUCAAGAGAUUGUCGCACAAGCAUUUGUGUUUUUCAUUGCUGGUUUCGAAACAUCAUCAACCACCAUGUUAUUCGCUUUGUAUGAGCUUGCAUUGAAUCCAGAUAUCCAGGAGAAGGCACGUCAAGAAAUUCAAACUAUUUUUGGUAAAUAUGAAGGGAAACUUACUUACGAAGCUGUGAAAGACAUGGUGUAUGUGGACCAGAUUAUUACCGAAACUCUUCGCAAAUAUCCACCAGUUGUCAAUCUACAACGCCAAGCAGUUCGUGACUAUCGGGUUCCUGGAACGAAAACAAUUAUUGAGAAAGGCACAGCGGUCUUCAUUCCAGGUUUUAGUAUCCACCGUGAUCCAAAAAUCUUCCCUAACCCAGACGUUUUCGAUCCGGAUCGAUUUACACCGGAACAAAUAAAAGCCCGCCAUCCAAUGGCAUUUUUGGGUUUUGGUGAAGGCCCACGAAACUGCGUAGGAUUGCGAUUUGGACGAAUGCAAUCAAGAAUCGGCCUAAUUACGCUUUUGAACAACUAUCGCUUUAAACCAUGCUCAAAAACGUCAAUUCCAAUGGUUUUUGAUGAAAAGAAACCAAUUUUAUCACCAAAGUUUGGAAUGUAUUUAAAAAUAGAGAAAUUGUAA